ACCAGCACGUCUUCUCACAUUCCUUCAGUGAGCUUGAAAGAGUUUUUGUCGUUUCGACACCUUACCUUCUCUCACCUCUUCUUCAACGAGGCUAGUCCUUGGCUCUCUUCUACCAACCUUCCAUCCACUCCAACUCGCCUGGUGCACUUCCAUCCUUUCCGGAACAACGAAACGAAACUUCGAGACCCAUCGACUAUCCAAUUCUCAACCUUCUCUCCAAACACUUUGUUGAAACAACCCGCCACGUCCAAGCUCCCCUAGCAGGCAAAGCGAGAAGACACUUGUCACUCAACCCAUUCUUCGGAACUACUUUCAACUCACAGUCGCAACGACAUCGACACGAUACUGAGAUUCUACGUCCGGAACGUUUAGAUUCUCACUUCACAACCCCAACCCACACCCACAACACCCACAAAACACUCAAGAUGUACACCAAAGCAAUCAUCGCUUUCGGCCUGGCCUCUGUUGCCAGCGCCCACAUGAAGAUGAGCUCUCCUGUGCCAUACGACGCUGCCAACUUGGACAACAGCCCUCUUGAGGCUGAUGGCAGCAACUUCCCCUGCAAAGGCAGCAGCUAUAACGCGGCUGGUGCUUCGAACGUCUACGCCCAGGGUGCCUCAGGCGAGCUUGCUUUCAUCGGUUCCGCCGUCCACGGCGGCGGAUCCUGCCAAGUCUCUAUCACCUAUGACGCGAAACCGAACAAGAACAGUGUCUGGAAGGUCAUCAAGUCCAUCGAGGGAGGCUGCCCUGCCAAGAACGCCGAGGGCAAUCUUGGUGACAACGCCAACCAAGUCAACCAAGACAAGUAUGACUUUACCAUCCCCGAAGAUAUGCCUGCCGGCAAUGGCACCAUUGCCUGGACUUGGUUCAACAGGAUUGGCAACCGUGAAAUGUACAUGAACUGCGGGCCGGUUACCAUUACUGGCUCUGAGGGUUCCAAGGAGUCGUACAAUGCUCUUCCUGACAUGUUCGUCGCCAACAUUAACGGUUGCAUGCUUGAGGAAGGCACCAACGUUCAGUUUCCCAACCCUGGCAACUCUGUCGACAAGUUCGCCUCCAAAUUGACAGCACCUACGUGCGGUGGCGGCUCCGGUGGCGGCUCCGGUGGCGGCGCGACUGGUUCUCCCAUCCCCACGAGCACUGCUGGCAACGGAGGUGGCAACGGCGGCGCGCCGACUCUCGCUCCCACGUCUGCCCCAGUCGCUUCCUCCAAGCCCUCUGCGUCCAAGCCUACCGCCGGCGCCUCUCUUCCCGGUGGUGUUUUCAUCACCGUCCCUGCCAACAACGGCGGCGUUUCCGCGACUCCCACUGCCACUGCCUCUGCCUCUGCCUCUGCCUCCAAGGCACCUGCAGUCCCUCCUAGCGCUGCACCCUCCGCUGCCCCCUCCGCUACCCCCUCCUCCGGCACUGACGGCGGAUCCGGCUCCGGCAAUGGUACCGGCACUCCUUCAACUGGCGCUGGUGCCCAGACUGUUGGUUCCCCAUGCGCCAACGAGGGCGCGUGGAACUGUGUCAGUGGUAGCUCCUUCCAACGCUGCGCCAGUGGUACCUGGUCAUCCAUUCAGCAGCUCGCCGGCGGUACGACUUGCACCGCCGGCUUGGGCUCUGAGCUCAACAUGGUUGUGACCCGAAACGGUCGCAAGCGUGCCCUGCACCAGCGCUCCCUUCGAUUCCGUUCCGCCUAAGCAGGUCGAUGGUGGACCUUUUUUUUAACGACACGGAAUGGCAUUUUGGGAUAUGAUACCUCGGCUGGCAUUGGACAGAGUCAUGAUAAACACGGUACGGCGAUCACAUUGCGGCGUUUUCUUGUCUAUUUUCUCAAACAUUUACAACAAUCUUUUGCAUAUACAUUGUACAC